AUGAAGUGUCGAAUAGCGUCUCAAUUGAAACUUCUUGCGACUCACCUCGGCCCCCGGAAGCCCCGCCUGUGCCCGUACAACGCCGUGACCAGUUGCCAUAGAAUUCAUACAGCAGCACCAACACCAGAAGCCUCCGGCAAGCCACCUUGUUCAACGCCGCUAGCACGCUACCUCGCUGAAGCGAUAGAGGCGACAGGUCCAAUCACCCUCGCGGCGUACAUGCGCCAAUGUCUCGUAUCCGACCUUGGCGGGUACUACACCACAGAGCGCGGGGUCGGGACCGGAGACCAAUUCGGCCGGAAGGGGGACUUUAUCACAAGUCCGGAGAUCUCUCAGGUCUUCGGGGAGUUGAUUGGGAUAUGGGUUGUUUCUGAAUGGAUGAGGCAAAGGCGUCAGGGGGAGAAGAUUCAGAUUAUUGAGCUAGGACCCGGGAGGGGGACGCUGAUGAGCGACCUCUGGAGAGUUGUGCUAAUUUUUAAAACUAUGGCUGAUUCGGUUGAGGCGAUAUACCUCGUCGAGGCUUCUUCCUCACUCCGUGAAGCUCAAAAGGUUCUCCUCUGCGGACCGAAAACCAAAAUGAGACAAAUUGAGAAUGGGUUUGCCUGCCAAAGCAAGGCGUCACCGAAGACAGAUAUUAUCUGGUAUGAGGACUUCAGUUUCAUUCCUCGGGACAAGGAUCGUACUCCCUAUAUCAUUGCUCACGAGUUCUUCGAUGCUCUCCCAAUUCACGCUUUCACAAAUACGGACAACGGCUGGCGGGAAAUGCUAGUAAAUACUUCUCCCGGAAAGGGCCAAUUCAUAACCAAAGACGGGGUGUCGGAAUUAGAGACUAGAUCUAAUACUCCGGAAUUUUCAUUGGCCUUGGCUAAUGCUCCUACCCCCCACUCUAUAUUGCUUCCGCCCUUGUCCCAGAGGUAUAAGGAUCUUGAGAAAUUGAAGAAUGCGACAAUAGAAAUUUCACCCGAGUCGUUAGGGCUCAUGGAGAAGAUUUCACAAAGGAUUGGCGAGGCGGGCGCCGGCGCUGCGCUAAUUAUGGAUUACGGAACUUCUGACACUGUACCUGCUAAUUCGCUUCGUGGAAUCCUAAAGCACGAGAUUUGCUCACCGUUUUCUCGGCCUGGGGAGGUGGACGUUUCGGCAGAUGUGGACUUUACUGCGCUGGCAGAGAAGGCCAUUAACUCUUCUAAAAAGGUGGAAGUGCAUGGGCCAGUGAAGCAGAGAGCAUUUCUGGGAAUGCUGGGUAUCAAAGAGCGAACUGAAUUCCUGAUACGCGAACUUAAGGAGGAACCGAGCUAUGGUUGGGAUGAUGGAAAUGAAGAAAAAGAGAAGGCCCUAAGGUUGGGUCAUGAUAGACUUGUUGGAGAACACGCAGGAGGUAUGGGCGCCAUAUAUAAGGCUCUUGCAGUGAUCCCUGCGAGGAAAGGGAGAAGGCCGGUUGGGUUUGGAGGUGAGGUAACCGGGGAAAAGGACUAAUGUAAAUAGAUUGCCCCAACUUUCGAAGAAGGGCAUAGGUAAAUGUAUUCUAAAAGCAUGUGUAGCUUGAGCUGGUGUCACACUAGAUAAUACAUUAGGACCCCAUCACCCUCCCCGAGGUGUCUUUAUUCAA